AAUGCUUCGUCAGGGGAAAAGUGGACUGGAAAUCUCUCUAGGAUACAAGUGGAUUCGUUACUUUAAAUGAGUUUAGACUUCAGGAAACAUUGAACAAACGCGCAAACAAGCCGCAGGUAGAGCUUUAAGUAACUCUUAUACACAGAAAAACAAUGGCCGAGGUAAAUCAGACGGAGGUGUAUGUUUACGAACAGGUUGUUAUUCUGACAUCAUGUGUACUUUCGUUUUUUGGCUCACUUUUGAUCAUAAGCACGUAUGUAAGUUGGCUUGAUCUUAGAACUACACCGAGGAAGCUGCUCGUGUAUCUGUCGGUUUCUGACCUUCUCUCCGCGCUGUCGUACUUCUAUGGAGUUUGCCAGAUUUUUAAAUCUGACUCUUGGGAUUGUAUUGCUCAAGGAGCAGUUUCCACUUUCGCUAACACCAGCUCAUUCUUUUGGACUGUGGCUAUUGCCAUCUACUUGUAUGUUUUUAUUGUGAAGUCCAGCCAGAGACAAGCCGACAACUUGGUGCUGUAUUUUCAUCUGAUCAGCUGGGGCGUUCCUUUCGCCAUCACUGUGGCAGCGCUGUCUCUGCACAAGAUCGGCUAUGAUGCCUCUGAAGUGUCUGUAGGCUGGUGCUGGGUGAACAUCCAGGCUGAAGACCACGUGUUAUGGAUGCUGCUCACCGGGAAGAUCUGGGAGUUCAUUGCCUAUGUCACGCUGCCUGUCCUGUACAUCCUCAUUAAGAUACACAUUUACAGAGCACACGCAGCUCUGUCCGAGUACCGUCCCAUCCUGACCAGCAACCCCGUAUCUCACUCUCUGUCGUCCAUUGCGGACCGAAAGCUCACCCUCAUCCCAAUCAUCUUCAUCAUGCUUCGUGUGUGGAGCACCGUCCGCUUCCUUCUCCUCCUGACCAGCUCUCCCGCCGGACACAACCCAGUGCUGGUGACCUUGCAUGGAAUUGGAAACACCUUUCAAGGAGCUGCGAACUGCAUUAUGUUUGUGCUGUUCACUCCUUCCAUUCGCUCUCGGCUGAUAGCUCUGCUGCUCUGUAGAGGUCAGGACAGAAGCUGGAACUCCGAAUCAGCAUCCCAGAACAGGACAAACGAUCAUACCGUUUCACACAGAGAGGAUAACAGUGAAGAAUAAUGCUUGAUAUUUGACGCGGUAUAUGAUACAGAAGAGAAAGCUCUGACUUUAUAGGCUCUUUUCUAUGAGCCUUACUCUCUUUCCGCUCAGCCUUGUUGUUUGACCAAGCGCUUUGGCAGAUUACAGGGGGGACUGCGGUCACAUGCACCAAACCCGCAGAGCAUGGAAAACACAAACGCACUUUCUGUUAGCGCUUUAGCUCAGCACUUUAGGCGAGAGGCUUUCUGUCUUCCAAAUCUGUUUUCGUUCGGCUGCCGCAGAUAUCUCAUGUUCAUUUAAAUAGAAAUGAGAUCUGUAGCUCAGGGGAAGCGAGGAUACAGCAGUUUAUUAUCUGGUGACCAAAAUGGCAAAUGUACUGUGAAGUGUUUUUACAAGGGAUUUGUUUCCCCCCGACAAAGCACAUGCAUUCAUAAUGCAGAGUUAUUACAUUACAUCACAUCAAAUGUGUGUGUGUUUUUUUUAAAGCAUGAUUUAUUUGUAUUAUAUACUGUAUUAAUAUGUAUGUGUAGUAAUUUGUGCUAUAAUAUCUGUUUUCUUGAUUCACUUUUUUGUACUGUAUAUAGUGUAGUAUAGACCUAGAUGAGCAAAUUCUGCAAAUAGGACAUGCAAAUAUGCACAUUUAUUGUUAUUUCACACAAUGCCUUUAAAAUGACCUUGUACGUACUGUAAUUACCCAUUUAUAUUUGUAUUAUAUUUUAUCAGAGCAUCUAUUGUUUCAAUAAAAGAAUUUAUUACUU